UAUUUUUUAAUAUAAAUCACGUCUCAGGAGACACUUAAAUUAACUCUCCAAAGACAAUUUUAACGCUACCAAAAACGUUCACGUUAGGAACAAGAAGUCGUGGGGUUCACGAGGGUCACCUUGAAAAACCUUCAAACAAACAACUUCAGUGAUGACAUCAAUUCCUGGAUGGCAGCACGGCUCUAAUUCCACUUCCACGACGGAUUUCUAAAACAGGGAAGGGGGAGGCUGGCAAACAGACAACAACACCGGAUUGAGGAAACUGACGAGAGCAUACUAUGUGCAAAACAAACUUGUUUAAAGCUGACAGCCAUGCAGCCCGAGCUGUUUCAUUCACUAUCGCAUCUAAGAGGACAGCUCCUCCCUAGUGCAUUAGAUCCGAGGACAGCAUCCAGCGUGGUGUUCGCUAGCACUUCAAGUCAUGAGUUUUUACGCGAUCCCGGUGUUGUUGCUGAUGGUGCUCGGAGAUGCUGACGCGUGGGGUCCCGGUGGUAAAUACGCAGUCAACUGUCCGGACAAAUGCAACCCCGCGCUGUGCGGCUCGACGCAGCGCUGCAGGCGCACGGUGCUGGAUGACUGCGGAUGCUGCCAGGUCUGCGCGGCGGGACGGGGAGAGCACUGCUACCGCACCGUGUCCGGGAUGCACGGCGUCAAGUGUGGACCGGGACUCUUCUGCGACUUCUACAAGGACGAGGAUGAUUAUGGAGAUGAAUAUGGCAUCUGUAAAGACUGCAUGUAUGGAACUUAUGGCAUGGAAUGUCGGAAAACAUGCAACUGUAAAGCAGGAGGAUUGUGUGACAGGGAAACAGGUGCUUGUCUGUCCUUUAAAUUCUUGGCUAAAAUGGCAAUGCUGAAAUCUCAUUCAAGUGAAGGUAAUGAAGUGGGCUCAGGCGAUGGCAACACUGAAACCAGCAGCAAUCAAUCUUCCGCUCGCAAUUUUCUCACCCCUCGCUGACAGCCACUCUCAAGCUUCUGUUUAGUCAGUGUACAUGUAGCAUAAUAAAUUAAAGGACCAAACGGAUAUAUUUUAAUAUGUUUAAAAGGGUCAAAGAAAAAGAUAUGCUUUUAUUCUGUAUAUUUUACAUUUGUGUAUGCCAGUUAUGUCUUUGUUCCAAAGCGUGUCUAUGCAUUCACAUGCACACAAAUAAACAUGCAAGAGUUUGAUAUCACAAUAAUAAUGUUCCCACAGGGCUAAUUAUGCUGAAAUACAUAACUGAGAUGUCAGCAUUGUGAGUGAACUUAAUGAACACACACAAACGCUUUUACAUUAUGAAUGUAUUACAAUUGUAUCAUAUUUAAUGAAAUACAUAUUCUAAGAUGAUAUACCAGAUUCAGUUCCAAUCCUGAUGAGCAUUUGCUUCAAAGUUCACGGUUAUGAAAUCUGUAAUGCUUAACAGUAAUGUUUUAAUAUGUGAUAUAUAUUAAGACCAAAUAGAUUAUUAUAAAUUAUGGACUGUAAAUCCUUCUAAUCUGUGUGUAAAUGUUUUCUCUGUGAAUCUUCGCUUUAAAACCCUCUUGAUAGAGAUAAUAUGAAUUCUUCUUAUUCUGCUUUAUGU